CGUGCUACACCCUUUUGCUGCGGAAAGCUACAGAGAACUUCACAGUGGUUCACAGCCCAGAGCACGCUUACAGAAAGAAGACUCCUAACAUUUUAUUCUCUGUUCUUAAAUUAUGAAAUUAAGGAAAGAUCUUCACCUUCCCUAAGAAGCAGAAGUAUUUUAUGAAGAGAACUCCAGUGAUCAAAAUGAAAAUUCUCCUUUGGGCAACGAUUCAACUUCUUUUCUUAUCAUCAUCAACUCUGAGUCAAAGUGGUACAGAUUAUGACCCUGACAAUGCUGGAGAAUCAAUCAUAGAUAUCAAGACCUUUCGAGGUGCCCCCAAGAGUUCCUAUGAAAAAUUUCCUGAUUUUGUUAUAGAAGGGUGGACUACGACUAUUCCAACUAAAGAGAAGUGUGCUAUGGAUAAAUCAAGUGUUGUUACCCUCCGUGUAAACAAUAACACCAUAGGCUAUCUGACGAGCUCCCUAAGCACCAAGCUGAUACCUGCCAUAUACAUAGUGGUGUUCUCAGUGGGUGUGUCAGCCAACACAGCAACCCUAUGGAUGCUUUACUUCCAGGUCAAGUCCAUCUCAAUGAAUAUCUUCUACAUUAACUUGGCUGUGGCAGAUCUCCUCUUUUGUGUCACACUUCCCUUUAAGAUAGCCUACCAUCUCUAUGGAAAUAACUGGCUCUUUGGAGAAGCCAUGUGCCGUAUGACCACCGCUGUUUUCUAUGGCAACAUGUAUUGUACCACUCUGCUCCUUGCCUGCAUCAGCAUCAGCCGUUACCUGGCCAUCGUUCACCCUUUCACCUACCGUGGGCUCCCAAAGCGCACUUACGCAAUGCUCGCUUGUGGCGUGGUGUGGGCCACUCUUUUCUUAUACAUGGUGCCACUCUUCAUAACAAAGCAAGUGUAUUACCUGGACCAACUUGGGAUCUAUACCUGUCAUGAUGUACAUAACACCUGUGAGAUGAUGUCACCCUUCCAUCUCUACUACUUCAUCUCUCUGGCCUUUGUUGGAUUUGUAAUUCCACUUGUUGUCAUUAUCUUCUGUUACACAUCCAUCAUCCGGACACUUAAGGCCUAUGAUCAGAAAUGGUUCUGGUAUAUUAAAGUGAGUCUCCUCAUCCUAGUGAUUUUUGCGAUCUGUUUCACGCCAAGCAAUGUAUUACUUAUUACUCAUCAUGUGAACUACUACAACAACCACAUAGAUGACUUAUAUUUUCCCUAUCUCAUAGCACUGUGCCUGGGCAGCUUAAACAGUUGUCUAGAUCCAUUCCUUUACUUCCUAAUGUCCAAAAUCACAGAUCGGUCCAGUGCCUACCUGACGAUCAUCAAGACACCUUAGGGACCAGUAAGGAAAGAUAACAUCUAUGUGUAUGUGAUACUGAGAUAUGUAUUUCUAAGAAGUUUUGUUCUAUGUAUUGAUAUAAAGAUAUGUAAGGCUGCAGUUUCUGUAUUCCACAUACAUACAACUCUGGCAAAAGCUAGCAUUUUGUUAGACAUAUGCUUUCAGUAUGUACCUGAAGUCCACUAGUGCAAUGAUGAUAUUUGAAGGAAAAUCUACAGCCAACUUUGCAUCAAUAAUAAAAUCCAUAUGCAUGUGAGAAGUAAAAAGAUUCAGUUAGUUGAUGAUAAAGUGAAUAAUUAUUGGUAUUGGGAAGGAUAGACUCAUUAUUAUAAAAGUAUGUUUUUGGUGUUCCUUCAGAGGGGCUAAAGCUGACAAAAAAAGCCCUUCCAGUCUGUCCUAUUCAUACAAAUUCACCUUAUUUUUUAAAAAACUGCAUUUUUCCAAUCUUCUAUAUGGUGUUCUGAAUAAAUGAUCUUAGCUUGUUUCAAAUACAAAAAAAAAAUUCUAUGGAGAUUAACACGGAGUCCUAUAUACACAGAUUGCAGGAAUUUCAUUGUGGGAAGAAGAGAAAAAUAUUAGAUCUGAUAUGGUAGCUCAUUUAGGUCCAUAAAGAAAGGGUUUAAAAAAAAUAUCAGGAUCAAUAAAAAUUAUCAGGCUAUAAUAUAGGUUAAAUUAGAUAUUGGCUUAAUUGGCAAAUACUCUCUCCUAGUUAGAAUGACAGACUCUUAGAAUUAAAAAAAAAAACAACUUCAUAGACAAGUUAGUUCAACCCAUACCAAAAUUUUAAAAAUCCC